UUAAAUAUCCGUUUGUGCAAUGUGUUCCACAGGCCAGUUGAGCUGGACUCCAACAAGUCCUCAUUCCUUUAGCCAAGCUAAAUUACUUGAAUGAGGACAGGUAGAACUGAUUUCAGAACAGAUACUACACUUUGGAAGGUUUUAUACUUUCCGGUUGCGUAUACGGAACUGAAUGCGACUGUGUCGCAUCUUAAAAGUGACAUACAUUCUGCGUUGUUGAAAGGUUUGUAUUGCUGAAUAAUGUCUGAGGGCAGUUCGUUUAUGAAAGGGAUGAUCGUAGGGGGCAUAUUUUGCCUAGUGAUGUCUCUGUUUGGAACUUUUAGUCCAGGACUUCCUUCCGAGUUUGAUGAGCAUCUCCACCAUCAUCUGAAACCUGUCAGCAAAGAUGAACUACAAAAGUUAUCUGAAGCACAGAUGUCGGAACUCACCCAGCAGGUUCGAGUGUAUUGUCUCAUUAUGGUCACCCCCAAGCUCCUGGUUUAUUGGGCGACAGCCAACAAUACGUGGAGCAAACACUGUGACAAAUCUGUGUUCUACACCACAGAGUUUUCCAAAGCUCUAGAGGCAGUGGACCUACAGGAGCAGGACGAGUGGGCAAGGCUUCGCAAAGCCAUCAAACAUGCCUAUGAGAAUGCCGGAGAUCUGCGCUGGUUCUUUGUGGCACGACCCACCACUUUUGCAAUUAUUGAGAACCUUAAGUAUUUGAUAUUGGAUAAAGACCCAAGCCAGCCCUUUUACAUUGGCCACACUGAAAAGUUUGGAGAGCUGGACUACGUGGAAUAUGACGGCGGGAUUGUUUUUAGUUUUGAGGCAGUGAGGAGGCUGGUGGAGAUGUUCAAAGAUGAGGACAAAUGCCCAGAAAGAGGUCGUGCCUUGUGGAAGAUGCCUGAGGAGAAGCAGCUUGCCACCUGUCUUAAGUACAGGGGGGUGUUUGCUGAAAACGGAGAGGAUGCACAAGGCAAAGGACUUUUUAACAAGAAAAGCAUUAGCACAUUGAUUUCUGACAGCAUGAACCAAAACCCAGCCGAUGUUGUGGAGGCCUGUUGUUCUGACAUGGCUAUCACGUUCGGUGGCAUGUCUGCGAGCCAGAUGCAGGUCAUGAUGUAUGGCGUCUACAGACUUCGACCGUAUGGACAUGACUUCCAUGAUUCUUUGAUAUUUUUGCCUCCUAAAAACUCAGACAAUGACUGAUUCACAUCAUGAUUCCUGUAUUUGGACUUUUUCUGUUCUACACAGAUCAAUUCAAAGAAUGUUGAAAUGGGUAUUUCAUCAACUGGAUGCAGGGCUAAAUUAGCUUUGAUGUGAAGUAUGUACUUUAUUUUACGAUUAUGUGUUUGGUGUUCAAGUUGAAGAAUUUUCACUAUCCUUUUUAUCCAGGUGUUAACGACUUUAGAUGAGCAUAAUUUAAUUUAAUCAAGGGGGCACAUAUUGGAUAAUUUUGUGCACAUAGUAGUUUUUUAAUUAAAUAAGUCUUUGAUUUCGAAAGGCACAAAGGAACAAAAUUGCACUGUGAUGCCAAAUGAAAUUCCAGUUGUUUUAAA